GUUGUGAUGUUGCACUUGUGAUGGCGCCGCGCUUGUCCAGCUUUUUCCCUGUACGCCGGCCCAGAUGGUGUCUGACUUGGUCUUCUAUCUUUUCAGUCAUGAUAUUAAUACUGCUUCAGUUUGCAAUGGGACCAGCUGGAGGAUUUGGACUAGAAGACAAAAACAAUGUGGAUAGUGCCGAGGAAGAGCCUUUGUACAGUAACAUUCGAUUGCCUGCUGAACAUAUUCCUUAUUUUCUACACAAUAACAUAGAUAUAGCUAUUAGUUGUGAGAAAGACUCUCUCUGUCCAUUUAAGAAACAUUUGAGAGAGCUGGAAUCUUGCUGGGGUUAUGAAAAGAAUUGCAAACCAGAAUACAGAUUCAGUUACCCAGUGUGCUCUGAAGCUGCUUCAGGAUGGGCCAACACAAUAGAGGGAGCAGAGGAGAUUUUUUGGAAGCAAGGCGAUUUUGGUUACAUUAAAGAAAUGCUUCAUGAAAUGAAAACACUGUGUGAACCAGUCAAAUCAGGUGAUUCUUUCCUGGCGUGCACAAAAUACACUCGUUAUUGUAGAGCUUCUAACCUCUACAUUGAUUUGAGAAACCCAAGAAGGAACACAGAUAGAUAUAAGGAAGAUUUUCUUCAAGAGGGUGAAAUUGGAGGCCAUUGUAAAUUGAACAAGGAGGCGUUGAUGGCUGAAGGAGAACAUAAGAGUCCUCUGCAGUCCUGGUUCGCAGAAUUACAAACAUAUUCGCAACUAAACUUCCAACCGAUGGAGUAUGGAAAUUGUGACCUCAUUAUUGAAAAGCCAACCUACUUUAUGAAGUUAGAUGCAGGUGUCAAUAUGUAUCAUCAUUUCUGUGAUUUUAUUAAUCUCUAUAUUUCCCAACACAUCAAUAAUUCUUUUAACACCGAUGUGAAUAUCGUGAUGUGGGAUACUAGUUACUAUGGUUACGGUGAUUUAUUUAGUGAUACCUGGAAAGCAUUUUCUGAUUACAACAUUAUACAUUUAAAAUCAUUUGAUCAAAAACGGGUAUGUUUCAAGGAGGUAGUCUUUUCAUUACUGCCGCGUAUGCGCCAUGGAUUAUUUUACAAUACACCUUUGGUGCCUGAUUGCCUCAGCACAGGAAUGUUUAGAGCAUUUUCGCUGCAUGUCCUGUUUAGAUUAAAUAUUACACAAGAUAUUCCAGUGAUUGGAAGAAUUCGUAUUACAUUCCUGGUUCGCAGCACUCAGUACCGCAGAAUUUUAAAUCAGGAUGAGCUGGUGAAAGCUUUGAAGACAGUGUCUGUAUUUGACGUCAGAGUGGUGGAUUACAAAGACAUUGGGUUUUCAGAGCAGCUAAAAAUAACAUACAAUUCAGAUAUUUUUAUCUCUAUACAUGGAGCUGGACUGACUCACCUGCUUUUUCUACCUGACUGGGCUGUCAUUUUUGAACUGUAUAAUUGUGAAGAUGAUCGUUGCUAUUUGGAUUUAGCUCGGCUUCGAGGAAUACGCUAUAUGACUUGGGAGAAAGCUGACAAAGUGAUACCUCAGGAUAAGGGACAUCAUCCGACACUUGGGGAUCAUCCGAAGUUCACUAACUAUUCUUUUGACGUGACUGAAUUUAUGCGUCUGGUGAUGUCUGCUGCACAGAAAGUAACACGGCAUCCGAAGUGGCCUUUCGCACAGUAUCACAAUGAAUUAUGACAAAACGUGGAAGUUAUGUUUUGUUGGCAAAUAUUAAAAUGACUGAUCACUUUUUAGAUACACUUGUGAAAGCAGAUAAGAUUUUCUUAUUGUUAGAUGUACGGUAUUAAAUGCAUUUCUUGGUGUGUAAGAUAUUCAUGGUCAGAAUCAAAUCUCUGAAAGUAGGCAAGUAUCAGGUCGUACCAUUAGAUAUUAGAAUUUUAAGUAUAAGCCUAUCUGCAGUAUGUAGUAUUAAUUUGAUUUGUCUUUAUGCACUCUCCUCCAUUUUUAUAUAUUAAUAUAUCCAAAGGAGUUUGUUAUUGACUGGGUAUUCCACUGUUCAUUUUGAGUGAAACAAGUAAUUAUUGAUAACCAAAGCCAUGGAUCAAUUUGGUUUGGAGGAAAGUCUUAAUGAGAGAAAGAGAUUUGGAGAUUUUAAGGAGGGAAUUUCAAAGAAUGGGAAUGAUGACAGAAGAUGAUUGGGAUGGGUAAGGCUGUCAAGGAGAGAUUUUUUUUUUGCAAAGUCCAGUGCAAUAGGAACAGUCUAUUCUGUAACAAGUCAGAAGGAUAAGGUUAGCUAUGAUCAAGAAACAAUUUAAACUCAAGGGAGAUUGUUUGAGAAGUCGAAAGACUGUGAAGUUAAGGAAGGAGUGGUGGUGGGGAUUGUUACAGAAUACUAAAUAGGGAUAAGAUGAGGUAGCGUUUUCAGACAAUUGCAAAUGACUUGGAAGGUGAAAAACGAUCCAGUGCUUUUCUGGCAUAUAUGAAGAACAAACUCUUUUCAGGCUUCCUUAAUACCUGUACUGGGCUGGAAGCUCAAGAGGAGUUUAUUUGACUUGGAGAGCUUUGAAUAUCUCAGUCUGGAAUUGACCAAAAACAGGAUUAGAAAUGAAGCCAUAGAUAAUCUUCAACAGAUGAAUGCUGAUGGGCACAGGGUUGCUGCAGGUCAUACUACCACCUCUCCAAGGUUCAAUUCUGAUCUCUGACAUUAGUCUGUGUGGAGUUUGCAUGUGUUCCUGUCGACUGUGUGCUCUGGUUUCAUUCCACGUCCCGAACAUGAGGAGUGUGGUAGGUUAAUUGUUUUCCAUAAAUUGCCCACACUGUUGGUAAGAGAGUCAUGCUGAUCAUGAUGGAGUUAAUGGAGAUAUAAGAGGGAAAAAGGUACAGGGAUGGGACCGGUUGGAACGUUCUGAGAGCUGGUGUAGACUUGGAGCAGCCAGGCAGCCAUAAUGAUUGGAGGUAAGAAGUACUUAUAGCUUGGAUGUGUAGUGGCAUCCACACUGGACUUCGAGGCUUAUGGUUCUGGGUUCAAAUCCAGCCAGCUCCUUGCACGCUUUCCAUCCGUGCUGGGUUGAAUGUCAAAUGAGCAACUUGGCCUCAUUAAAACCAAAUGCUAAAGAAAUGGCAAGGUUGCCACCCGAUGUGCCACAAGGUAGGGAGAGUAACAUCUAAAAGUAUUUAGUCAUAUGGCUGGGACAGAGGUAGAAUUGGUGAUCGUUUGAGGAAUGGAAUGCAAAGAUGAUUGUUACAAUCUUGUCAUCAUUUAUCUAAUUCCAAAAGGGGGUUUGCUUAAAUUAUUUAAGAGCACAGGGUCAAAGUAGCAGUGGAAAUUCAUUGCUGAAUGUCAUCAGUAUACACUUAGAAACCAAAAUCAUGUUUAGUGGAAUCUGGUUAAUUGGGGCAACAGUUUAUUUGGGAGAACUCUUAAAAGACAAAAACUAAAUGAAGAAAAUAGCCAGGAUUCCCUUCAUUUAUUUGGGACACCGUGCUGCUUCAUUGGUGUAGGAGACUGUUGCCGUAUAGUUUCUAACUAAGCAGCAGUCGAGUGCACUUGCGUAGUCAUUGGACACUACACUGUGUUUAGAGCAAUAACUUUAAAUAGUGUCAGUUGUGUGUGCUUGUGUUCAAAAAGCAGUGAUUUUUAUCAGUGUUUGUUGGAGAGAGUUUGGCAGUAAGAUAAUUCGGAACAGUUGUGUUCACGGCCGUUUCAAUCAUCCAGGCCUAGAGAUGCUAGAAACAGCCAGGAGUGAAAAUGGAUCUCACUACUUCAACAAGUUAGGAAUUUUGAAGAUAUCAACAAUCAUUGUGAAUAUUACAACUAAAAUUAAGAUUUGGAGAAUGUAAUUGUCUAAACUAUUGUGUGAAGGCAGUCCACUAUCUGCUCUAGGUGUCUACAGUAAUUUUGUUCAUUUGCAGUCAAUAAAAAAGAUUAAUUCCUCUGAGAACUAUUAGGAAUUAAUACAAAUUUUAUAGCAAUGUAGAGGUAUUGGUAGUGUUCUUAUUUGUUCUGUAUUUAAUUUAAAUACAUAAAUUUUUACUGAGUUAAA